CCCCAGCCCUUUCCAGCACUGACACGUGAGGUUGUCCUGGAUGCAGAGGGUGGAGGAAGCCUCUCCUACCCCGGGGCUCAGCUUCCUGCCUGUGCAGCCCUCCGGAAGGGGCUGUGAUUGGGGUCCGCCCCUGUGUGCCUGACUCAGCAGCCACAGGGUAAGGGAAAUCAGAGGUUUCUCGACAAAACCCCAAGCCAAGCCCUGAUUCUUUCCUGUGAAGGUGGAUGCAGAGCCCUUGGCUCCUGCCUCCGGGGCUCCUGUCAGGAAGGCAGGGCAGUGGCUGGAUGUCAGACUCUGGCUCCUCCUGUCUCCUGGGUCCCUAUGCUGCUCUCCUGAGCACCAGGCAGCGACUCACUUUGACAGACUUCUCCACCCAGGUGAACUCUUCGUCCCUCAGCUCUCCGACAGGCCGGGGUUCCAUGGCCGCCCCCUCACUGCAUCCGUCCCUGGGGCCUGGCCUCGGCUCCCCACUGGGGUCACCGGGGCAGCUACACUCACCCAUCAGCACCCUGAGCUCACCCAUCAAUGGCAUGGGCCCUCCCUUCUCCGUCAUCAGCUCCCCUAUGGGCCCCCACUCCAUGUCGGUGCCCACCACACCUACCCUGGGCUUCGGCACUGGCAGCCCGCAGCUCAACUCACCCAUGAACCCUGUCAGCAGCAGUGAGGACAUCAAACCCCCGAUAGGCCUCAAUGGCGUCCUCAAGGUCCCCGCCCACCCAUCAGGGAACAUGGCCUCUUUCACCAAGCACAUCUGUGCCAUCUGUGGGGAUCGCUCCUCAGGCAAGCACUAUGGGGUGUACAGCUGUGAGGGUUGCAAGGGCUUCUUCAAGAGGACGGUGCGCAAGGACCUGACCUACACCUGCCGCGACAACAAGGACUGCCUGAUCGACAAGCGCCAGCGGAACCGGUGCCAGUACUGCCGCUACCAGAAGUGCCUGGCCAUGGGUAUGAAGCGAGAAGCGGUGCAGGAGGAGAGACAGCGGGGAAAGGACCGGAACGAGAGUGAGGUGGAGUCCACAAGUAGUGCCAACGAGGACAUGCCUGUGGAGAAAAUUCUGGAAGCCGAGCUGGCUGUCGAGCCCAAGACCGAGACCUACGUAGAGGCAAACAUGGGGUUAAACCCCAGCUCGCCAAACGACCCUGUCACCAACAUCUGCCAGGCAGCAGACAAACAGCUCUUCACCCUUGUGGAGUGGGCCAAGAGGAUCCCACACUUCUCUGAGCUCCCGCUGGACGACCAGGUCAUCCUGCUGCGAGCAGGCUGGAACGAGCUGCUCAUCGCCUCCUUCUCCCACCGGUCCAUAGCUGUGAAGGACGGGAUCCUCCUCGCUACCGGGCUGCAUGUGCACCGCAACAGUGCCCACAGUGCAGGGGUGGGCGCCAUCUUUGACAGGGUGCUGACAGAGCUGGUGUCCAAAAUGCGAGACAUGCAGAUGGACAAGACAGAGCUGGGCUGCCUGCGCGCCAUCGUCCUCUUCAACCCCGACUCCAAGGGGCUCUCAAACCCGGCUGAGGUGGAGGCACUGAGGGAGAAGGUGUACGCGUCGCUGGAGGCUUACUGCAAACACAAGUACCCAGAGCAGCCGGGCAGGUUCGCCAAGCUCCUUCUCCGCCUGCCUGCACUGCGCUCCAUUGGGCUCAAGUGCCUGGAGCACCUCUUCUUCUUCAAGCUCAUCGGGGACACGCCCAUUGACACCUUCCUCAUGGAGAUGCUGGAGACCCCACACCAGAUGACCUAGGCCCGCUGGCCGGCCCUCGCGCCGCCUGGUCCGGCACGCAGCCUGGACGCAGCUGCUCUGCUCAGCUCGAGCCCUGUGUCCGCCCUUCCCUGCCUGGCCUGUGUGGACCCUUGGGUGCAGCGUGUCACUGUGGCCCUGCCAGAUAUGUUGCCAUCUCGUUAAUCUUUAUUACUGCUUGUCUUUGGCCCAGGGCGGUGGCUUUCCCAUGGCAGUGGCUGGGAUGGCCAGAACUGGUGUGAGACCCAGCCAGGUCCCUCCCCAUCAGGCUGCAGGGUGCCCUGCCGUCACCCUAGGGGUGCUUCAGCAGCUCUUGGGGUCUUCAGGGCCCAGAGCUGCAGGAGCUGGGGAGGGGGCUUAUUCUGGCUGCUGUUUGUGGUUGCUAGUUCUCCGAGUGCCCCUCUGUUUGGAAUAAUCUUCACCUGCUUGAAGUCCUGGUGCCUGACCAUCUUGAGAGUCUACCUGGGGGCAGGAGGGGACAGAUGGGAACAGGCUGCAUCUCACUGCAGAGACCCACCUGCCCCUGGAAGCCAAGUGGGGACUCGGGCCACAGGCCUCCGUCUGCUUAGAGUGCAGAGUGACAGCCCAUUUUCCAAAGAUAACUUGGGACUUUGCCCUAGGCACUGAGAACAGGGGCCACCUCAAGGCUGCAGAGGCCAGGGUCACUCUGUCACCCCACCUUGGUUUCCUCUUUGUGUUGUUGUCCUGGUUUCAUCUUCUCCCCUGCUACAUGUUCCUGUCAAUCCAGGGUGACCAGAGCUUAGAGCCCAGGCUUCCCCUCCACCCCAGACCGUCUUUUACCGUCUGUGAGGUAAGCCGAGGCUAGUUCUUGGCUCCUGGAGGGCUAGCGCAGUCUCAGGUGGGGUGUUCUUUCUGUCUCAGAAAGACCUUGUGGGCAGCACAUGGGCUGUCCUGGUACAAGUUCUACUGGCCUCUCUUGCAUGUACAUAGGCCAUCCAGAAGGCUCCUGGAGGGAAGGGAAGGAGGGCUGCUGUCUGGCUUCCCUCAGAGGGAGGCAGCGAGAGUCACAAGGACCUGAGGAUGAAGGAGCCACCCUGGAGGGGGCAGCCACACUGCAUCCUGACAUAGCUGACACCGGGCACUGUGUGGGACCCCCACAUGGGUCCCUCCUCUGGCCAGCUGGUCUGUCUGGAAGACUCUGCAGACCUUCCUGGGCCCCCAGAGUGGUGUUGCCAUUUGUCCAGAGUCUUAACUGGGGCCGCAUCUCACACUGCUCUGCUUGGGGGGUGGCAUGGGCCUCAGCCCCUCCCACUCGUCCUGUCCUGCCUUGCCGCAGGCGCUGGUGCGGCACUCUCAGGUUGAACUGCCUCUUUGGCACUGUAGGGCCUCACUUGGGCCCCAGUACUUCUCGUGUUCAUGUCUUAGAUCCCUGGGCCCAGGUUUGUCGGGAGCAGAUGCCUGAAUGGGGCGAGCAGGUGGACGGCAGGCCAGGAUGCUUGACAAUGGCCUCUGUUGUCUUUUUUCAGGUUGUCCUGACACGGGGAGUGGCUGCUUCUCCAGCAUCCAUCCUCCCACUGGUACAGAGGGACAGGGUCAUCUUAGAGGUUAGGUUGUGAGGGGCUGAGGCUUUCGGGGGAAGGACACAGCCAGUCCUUGCCUUUCUGGAGUUCCCAGCUAGGGACAGCUAAGGCAUCGUCUGUGCAGGAGGACAUCAAAGAUUAUAGGAACAUCUUGCUGUCCUGACCCUUCUCAACGUGGUGGCUUGGGAGAUGUGCAUAGGAGGCCCACUACUUUGCUGGGGCCAGCCAGACUCCCAGAAAGUCCGGUUAGCCUUUGGGGUAUGGUGAUAUCAGUCAGAGGGACACAGGAGCCCUGAGGGGUCCCUAUUCCACACUCAGCAUCAAGCCUUCUGCUGCCUGCUGCAUCUCAUCACUGUUGCCAGCCCAGUGCCUGCCACAUGCAGUGCCCCAGGCCACUGAGGGCUCCUCGGGAGCCCUCAGUGGCUCCAGCAGAGAAAGCCCUGGAGUAGGGCUUCUUGGGAACUUCGUUGGUUCUGGGCCUGGCUGUCUAUAAAGCACUGAGGCUCCUCACCACUGCCUCCGAAACCAGAACCCUGGGCCCCUCUGGCCUGCUCAGCCUUACCUCCCACUGUCAUCUUAGACUCUCCCCAUGGGCUUCCUGUCCCCUCUCAUUAGGCCCAUUGCCCCUGCUGUUGUGUGCACAGUGCUGUCUGCUUGCAGGGUGAUGUGUGGGCAUGGCACAUUACCUGGUUGGGAGGUAGGAUGUUGACUUAAUCAGACCUUCAGUAGUGUUACCAAUCUGGCUCAAUUAAGGUGAUUUUUUUUGUAAUUAUUAUUAUUUUGGUGGGACAAUCUUUAAUUUUCUAAAGAUAGCACUAACAUCAGCUCAUUAGCCACCUUGUGCCCAUCCUUGCCUCCACCUGGCCAGAUGAAGUGGCUGCCACUGAGGACCGUGACUUCUGCACUGCUGCGUCCUGGGUCCUCGACCACGGGUGCCUCCAGGCAUGUUCCUCAGCUGUGUCACCUCCCUGUUUGGACGUUCAGAUGGGGCCCCCGUGACUGAGAUGCGAAGAUCACCACAGAGCCAGGUGGCCCGCCUGGGAUGUGUCACCUAGGCAGGCCCCUGUGGCAGCUGCUGGCCCUCAUCACUCAGGAAGCACACAGUCUUGGGAGGGUGGGGGGAGUUCAGCAUCACAUUCCCAGUUUUCCAAGUCACAGCAUCCCAAAGGAUUCUGGGCUGAUGGGCUGGUGACAGAGCAUCGGAGAGACACCCAAGCUCCCUGCCCUGGCGCCCCCAGGAGGGUCAGGCCGGAGCGUGCAGACGGUGGUUAAAUCAGCUGAUGUCCCCAUCACGGAACCGAGGUGCACGGCCUUGUUCCGGUCCACGCAGGUGUGUGGAGUAAAUGUGUAUGUGCCGUACAGAGACUGUGCAGAGGCUGCACGCCGCCACACAGGAGCAGGCGUGACAGUUACCAACUAUGUGUUUAUCUGUAACCAAGACUUUCCCCAUUUCCCUGUCAACUUGCUUGGCCUAAGCAAGACCUAAGGACCCCUCCUUUGGUGAGAUCCGGGCUCGAAUGACUGUCUCGAGGCAAGGAGCUGCAUCUAUUUUAAGAUGCCCUGAAGCAGCAGCUGUAGCCCGUCCCAAUCUUUAGCGAUGCCUUAGCUGGGACGCGAGCGGACACUUAGAGAGUAAAGACGAGAGAAAAAUGUCUAAGCAUCGGGAAAGGUAAAAGAAUCUAUUUUUGUACAAAUGUAAUUUUAUCCCUCAUGUAUACCGGAUGCUAUGGCGGGUGGGACCUGUUUUGUUACUGCUUCUAGUGGUCAAGGCGGAGCAAGAAUGUUGGGACGCCGAGAUGGCAGAGGGGGCUCUUAGACAAGGCUGAGGGCUUUUCUUGGUGUGAAACCGCUGCGGGGACGUUCUUCUGGUGGGAGGGUGGGCCUGAGACUUCAGGGUUUUCUUCCCCUUUCAAGUAAUUUGUACAACCUCCCUCUGUCUUCGCUCUCGGCCGGCCUUCCUGCGACUCUGACUGUGAAAUUACUUCCCUCUGUAAUUGUUCUCUGAAACAUCGCGGUGCAGAUGCCAGGGUUUGAUGAACAAUGGUCUUUAGAAUUGUGGAAAAGAAACACAGAGAGAAAAAAAACGUGAGAGGAGAAACUUUCAAAAUACAACUCCGCCCAGCUCUCAUCUGUUCUGCGUGGGGGUUCCUGUUUGGCUUUGGGAUGCAGGCACACACAGGGCCAUGGAGCCCACUGCCCCCAGGGUGGGAGAACCUGUUUUCAGCCAGUCACCCCAGCCCUCUGAGCCCAACCCAUCUGAAUGGGGUCCCCGAGCAGUGGGGUCCCCAGUAGCCAGGCCCCAGGUGUCAGGCUCCACAAUUUCUUUUCUGUCCACCCUGCCCCGAAGUUCCUCCUGGGACCUGUCCAGUGGCCUCUACAGAGAGCCCCGCUCAGCACAUUCUGGCUCCAGGCAUGUGGACACUUGCACAGCCUGUGUGUUACCCCAGUCCAGUGACAGGCUGCCUGUGCCCGGUCCCUGCAUCCAUGCUGGCUGGAGCAGGCAGGAGGGCCACAAAAUAAAUGAUGUCACCUAACCACCUGAUUAAUAGCAGGUUAAUGAUGCCCCAUCUGUGCCAUCUUGUGUGGUAAACGCUCUUUGUCUCCAUGGUGUCUGCAGUUAGGCUGUCUCUGCCCUGAGAUCGGGUGGUGGUGCCCCCCACCCUCUCUGUCCAAUGGGCUCCUUCCUGAGGAAGCCCUGGGUACCGGGGUGUUGGGAAUGGGGUCCAGGGCAUGGGUCCUGCUCUGUGCAGUGAACACAUGGCACUGUGGCUGAUGUCCAGAACCAGGUAUCUCAGGAGGGAGGCUUAAAAAGACCAGCGACCUGGAGGGCAGGGGUUUCCUACUGUCACUGCUCCAGGAGUACACUCACAUUCAUGCACACAUGCACCUUGCACACUUAAGCACAAACAUGCAUUCGACCCAGAGGACUGAUGGCAGUAGGGGGAAGUAGAGGGCAGGGCUGAGCCAGCCUCCUGUGGUGGUCAGGACCCUCACACUGAUAUUCUCCCCUUUCCUGGGGUGUGCCAGGAGCGGUGGCACCCUGAAACUCUUGUCUUGCCUGGGCCCCUGACCAUAGCUGAAUGGUAGGUGCCGGCAAGACCCUGUGAGACAGACAAAUUUGCCACCUGCCUGAGACACUGCUGACCUUGGCUUUUGAUUCUGAAGGACCUUAUCAGCCUUUGAGCCCUGCCCUGGUUGGGGUCACAGUGUCAUCAUCCCCUGGGACCAACUUGGGCUUCUGAGGGGAACGGGGUGGGGCAGCCUCCUUGAGCUGCCCACCUGUGGCCCUGGGCCAGCACAACCCCUCCUGGCCUUGCUGGAUCCAGCUGACACUGGUUGCCUGUGAUAAAAUUUUGCACAUGGAGUUCACAGAGGUCUCUUCGUUGGUCUGGAAAGAGAGUAAGCCCUGAGGGGACCAGGUACUGCCUGGACUGUGGGCUUUGUGCUGCCUUCCAUAUGCUCUCAGUACUGACAUAGCCACUGGUUGGAACCAGAUCCACCCGCUGGCAGCUUUCACCCUCCCUGUAACCUGGGCAUGGCCUCCAAGGAUGUCCAUCCUCGGAAUGGAUGAGGGAAACCUUUAGGAAGGCCUCAGGUGAGGGUGCUGGGGACGGAAGGUGACAACUUGGGUGGACAGGUGCAUGACAAAGGCCACUGGGUUCCAGGCAAAGAGAAUAAUGAGAAGGUUCAUAUCAGGUUCCUACGCCCUUGGUGCUGGUUUUUUAAUAACCCACAGGUGUAGGACCAGGGGCAGUUGGGUCUGACGUCAGGACUCCCUGGGAUGGGCAAGGUGGGACGGGACUAGCCACCUCCAGGGACCUGAGCAGCACCCAGCACUGCACUAGCUCAGCAGAAGCCCCAGGCUGCCCACGGCAUCACAUGGCAACCUGGCCUCAGGCCUCCCUGCUGCCUCUAGUUGCCACGGCAACGUCUGCCCAGGGCAGUCCCCCUGGACCACAGAUGCAAAGCUUGAUACGUUUAUCACCAGUAGCAUCAGGCUGGACGGCUGCGCCAGCUCAGGAGCUAGGAGCUAUGGAACCUGAGAGGCAGG